CAGGUUAUAAGCCAUGGCUGUGUGGAUACAAGCCCAGCAGCUGCAAGGAGAUGCCCUUCACCAGAUGCAAGCGCUGUACGGCCAGCACUUCCCCAUCGAGGUGCGCCACUACCUGUCCCAGUGGAUCGAAAGCCAAGCCUGGGACUCAAUAGAUCUUGAUAAUCCACAGGAGAAUAUUAAGGCCACCCAGCUCCUGGAGGGCCUGGUGCAAGAGCUGCAGAAGAAGGCGGAGCAUCAGGUGGGGGAAGAUGGGUUUUUACUGAAGAUCAAGCUGGGCCACUACGCCACCCAGCUCCAGAACACGUACGACCGCUGCCCCAUGGAGCUGGUCCGCUGCAUCCGGCACAUUCUGUACAACGAACAGAGGCUGGUCCGGGAAGCCAACAAUGGUAGUUCUCCCGCUGGGAGCCUGGCCGACGCCAUGUCCCAGAAGCACCUUCAGAUCAACCAGACGUUCGAGGAGCUGCGGCUGGUCACGCAGGACACGGAGAACGAGCUGAAGAAGCUGCAGCAGACUCAGGAGUACUUCAUCAUCCAGUACCAGGAGAGCCUGAGGAUCCAAGCCCAGUUUGCGCAACUGGCCCAGCUGAACCCCCAGGAGCGGCUGAGCAGGGAGACGACCCUGCAGCAGAAGCAGGUGUCCCUGGAGGCCUGGCUGCAGCGUGAGGCCCAGACACUGCAGCAGUACCGCGUGGAGCUGGCCGAGAAGCACCAGAAGACCCUGCAGCUGCUGCGGAAGCAGCAGACGAUCAUCCUGGACGACGAGCUGAUCCAGUGGAAGCGGCGGCAGCAGCUGGCCGGCAACGGAGGGCCCCCUGAGGGCAGCCUGGACGUGCUGCAGUCCUGGUGUGAGAAGUUGGCUGAGAUCAUCUGGCAGAACCGGCAGCAAAUCCGCAGAGCCGAGCACCUCUGCCAGCAGCUGCCCAUCCCCGGCCCCGUGGAGGAGAUGCUGGCCGAGGUCAACGCCACCAUCACGGACAUCAUCUCCGCCCUGGUGACCAGCACAUUCAUCAUCGAGAAGCAGCCCCCGCAGGUCCUGAAGACCCAGACCAAGUUCGCGGCCACCGUGCGCCUGCUGGUGGGCGGGAAGCUGAACGUGCACAUGAACCCCCCCCAGGUGAAGGCCACCAUCAUCAGUGAGCAGCAGGCCAAGUCCCUGCUCAAGAACGAGAACACCCGCAACGAGUGCAGCGGCGAGAUCCUGAACAACUGCUGUGUCAUGGAAUAUCACCAAGCCACUGGCACCCUCAGCGCCCACUUCAGGAACAUGUCCCUGAAACGAAUCAAGAGGUCCGACCGCCGUGGAGCGGAGUCGGUGACAGAAGAAAAAUUUACCAUCCUGUUUGAAUCACAGUUCAGCGUUGGGGGGAAUGAGCUGGUAUUUCAGGUCAAGACCCUGUCACUCCCCGUGGUGGUGAUCGUUCAUGGCAGCCAGGACAACAACGCGACAGCCACCGUUCUCUGGGACAAUGCUUUUGCCGAGCCUGGCAGAGUGCCAUUCGCCGUGCCUGACAAAGUGCUGUGGCCGCAGCUGUGCGAGGCGCUCAACAUGAAAUUCAAGGCCGAGGUGCAGAGCAACCGGGGCCUGACCAAGGAGAACCUGGUGUUCCUGGCGCAGAAGCUGUUCAACAGCAGCAGCGGCCACCUGGAGGACUACAGCAGCAUGUCCGUGUCCUGGUCCCAGUUCAACAGGGAGAACUUGCCAGGACGAAAUUACACCUUCUGGCAGUGGUUUGACGGGGUGAUGGAAGUGUUGAAAAAGCAUCUCAAGCCUCAUUGGAACGAUGGGGCGAUUCUGGGUUUUGUGAACAAGCAACAGGCCCAUGACUUACUCAUCAACAAGCCAGAUGGGACCUUCCUCCUGAGAUUCAGCGACUCGGAAAUCGGUGGCAUCACCAUUGCUUGGAAGUUUGAUUCUCAGGAAAGAAUGUUUUGGAAUCUGAUGCCAUUUACUACCAGAGACUUCUCCAUCCGGUCCCUGGCUGACCGCUUGGGGGACUUGAAUUACCUUAUAUAUGUGUUUCCUGAUCGGCCAAAAGACGAAGUGUACUCCAAGUAUUACACGCCCGUUCCCUGUGAGCCUGCCACCGCUAAGGCGGUGGACGGGUACGUGAAGCCGCAGAUCAAGCAAGUGGUCCCUGAGUUUGCCAACGCGUCUGGAGAGGGGGGGGCCAGCGCCACCUACAUGGACCAGGCCCCGUCCCCGGCUGUGUGUCCCCAGACGCACUACAACAUGUACCCACAGAACCCUGACUCCGUCCUUGACACCGAUGGGGACUUCGACCUGGAAGACACGAUGGACGUGGCGCGCCGCGUGGAGGAGCUCCUGGGCCGCCCCAUGGACAGUCAGUGGAUCCCCCACGCCCAGUCGUGACCCGCCCACCCUCGCGCCACAGCCGUCGUCCUCACCAGAGGAGGCCCUCUUGUGGAUGUUGUAAUUCCAUGAAUCGCUUCUCUUUGGAAACAAUACUCAUAAUGUGAAGUGUCCGUCCUCGUUGUGACUUGGUGUUUCCGUGCACGUGGCACCAGUGCCAGGCGCGUGAGUGAGUGCAUGCGUGCGCCUCGGAGCCCGUGCUUGUUCUCGCCAGUCCGCUCCGUGACUGGAACCUGGCCGCGUCUUACGGUGCCUGAGCUCUGUGCAGGGAGACGGCGGGAGAGGGCGCCUCUGCUCCGCGGGUCCUCCGUCCUGGUCCUCGCUGCUGGCUGCCUGCGCUCGCUCGCUGCCUCCCCAGCCCCGGUGUUGGGGAGGGGGGGCGGCGCAAGGGUCCUCGCUUCCCCUCCUGCCUCCCCUCCUCUCUGUCGCUCUCUGUCUCUGUCUCUGGAAAGCCACUCAGUUCCUGUGUGUGUCCACACGCGCAGACGUGGAUAAAACAGAGGAAGGAGAGGGUCGCGUAACAGAGCCGAUGCCGCCAUGUCCUGCCUCCCGGGGCAGCCACCCUUCUGGUCAGCCCGCCCCUCCGAAGCUUUCUUAAGGCUUAGUGGUGAUGCCUUUGGUAAAUGCUGAAUAGCGUUUCUGUUUCUAAAUUGGGUCUUUGCAGCUCUCCCCUCCCCACCCUAACUGGGCAGCAAGGUCCUCCCUCUCGCCACAGGAUUGACCUCUUGCCCAGGUCAGCUCACUUCACUGUCCACACACCGUGUCUCAAGGAGCAGGUGGCGGGACGGGCCUGACCCUGGGCCCAGCCUGGAGAGCGGGUGCUGCCCCACUGCGGGGCUCCGGGUGUCGGGCCUUGGAAAGUUGGGAAAGUGCAGUCAGCGGAUUUGCUGGCAAACUAUGAAAACGAAGCCCCCCCCCCAAAAAAAAAGCCUCCGCAUCCUUGUGCUCUAGGCUUCUUCCGAGGCGUGAAACCCGAAGGGAGGACUGGCCCGUGGCAGCAGGUGGGGAGGGGAGAGAGGUGCAACUUUGAGUACGGCCCGAGGUCCCGGAGCUCCCCCUCCGCGAGAUGAGCCUGACCCCUCGAGAGAGGAUGGCCCUAAAAUCCUUAUUUUUAUACAUGUGAGAAAUAGACAGAUAUUUUUUUUUUACAAAAGUACUUCUGAAUUUAUCAGUGUUUUGCUGUUAAAGGAAAAUAUUCCUCCGUAGAAACUAUUUAUUGGAAGAUGACUUUUUUAAAGCUGCUGUCUGCCUUGGCUUGGGUUCGCACUCGGAGUUAUUUUUCUACGCCAGGCAGUAGAUGUCGGCCUCUGAGGAGCGGGCUGACCCCUCCCCCGGUGCCGGCUGUGCCCAGGCUGGGCGAGCCGGGGAAAGGUGACAGGGAGGAGCCCCGCGCUGCCCCUGGAGGGGCGGCCUCUGUGCCCAGCCUCACACACUUGGACGCUGCCCUGCAGUGGGCGCCGGUGCGGGGCUCACACAGGUGCUGACCAGCCUCGCGGUGCCGAGGCUGGGCCUGGAGGGAGAGUUCUGACCGAAAGGCGCGCUUGCUGUCUGCCUUCUGUUUCUCUCUUCCCCUGCGUCUGCAGCCACAGGAGAGGCGGCCCGGCCGGACGCCGCGCCCCCCUCGCGCCCCUACACCCGGGCUUUCGCAGGGGGUGGGGGAGACGACGCAAACCUAACUUAAAAUGAAAGUAUACUUUUUAUAAUUUUUCUUUUUAAACUUUGUGAAAUGAUUUCAGAUUCCUAUUUUAGCGUGGAGGCAGAUUAUAUAGCCACCAAAAAAGUAUUGUGUACAAUUUGGGGCAGUCACAAAGCCGUGUAUUUUACCUUACAAUAAAGGCUUCCUCUGAAGGGACA